AGAAACAGAAAGACACAGAGAGGACAGAGGGUGAGAGAGAGAGAAACAAGAGAGUGCAGUGAUAAUGUGUUAAUUGUCAGAGAGCAAUGAGUGACAGAUUGUGUGUGAGAGAGAGAGAGAGAGAGUGGGGGAGGAGAGCAGUGGUCAGUGAGGCAACACUCAGCUCCCAGUAGUGGAUGAAUACAACAGAGUGAAGAACUCUCUCUCUCCUCUAUUCUCUCUUCUCUCUUCUUCCUUCCAUUCUUCCUUUCUUUCUCCUAAUCCUUCACUGGUUAUAUCUGUUGGAUUACUCUCCUGUCUUUCCUGGACUUUGUUUUGAGGAGAAUAUAACACACACGCAAUUAGAUUUUAGAGAGAGUGUGUGUGAUUGGAGAAGAACUGCUCGUGUCGAAGAGGAAUACACACUCGGCUGUCUCUCAUACCGAGAGGAGAGAGAGAGAGAGAGCGAGAGAGAGAGAGAGAGAGACAGAGAGAGAGAGAUGUCUGGAGUGUCUGGCUGAACAAUCAAACAGAGAUUGAGGGAUGUGACAGAGAGGACUUCUUCAAGCAAUAACAGAUCUGUCCAUUCCGAUCGUCAGGAUGUCCGGUAUGGACCUCUCAUUGGAGGAGCUGAACAGAACCGAAAUCUCCCCAGACAACGGAAACUUCCUGAGGUUCUCCCCCACCUCCGUUUCCACUGCAGCCGCGGCGGGGACAGGGUUGUCGUCGGGGCGACAGGAGAAUGUUUAUGUGUACGUGUGGAUCUUCCUGAGUCUGCUGGUGUUCCUGCUGUCGAUGAUCAUCAUCUCCCUCCACAGGCUAAAGAAUGUCAUUACAUCCUCCUCCUCUUUGCCUGACUGCAGCAGUGAGGGGGGCAGCUCAUUCACCAACAUGGAGAUCUGUAGUAUAUCUUCACAGAGGUCAACCGUGUCCUCACUGUCAAUUUGAGAGACACACACACACACACACACAUACAUACACACACACACACACACACACACACACUCCUGUAAACAAGCUUUUCAGUUGGACCAUAUGGGACUUUACACUGUGUUAAGGCGGUAGCUUGAACUGAACUCUGAACCCUCUGUGACUUCUCCUUUUGGCUCAUGGGAAACAUAGUUCACUGUGUAAAGAGCAGAUCCAGGAAGAGAGAGAGAGAGAUAAAAAACGUUUUCCUUACGGUGUGAAACUAAUGAAACACCAGUCGUCUGUUUCGAUUCUCGCAUCCAUGGAAUACAACUUUAGAAUCUUAGAAGUCCUCCGAAAAGUUAGCCGGGUUCUACUCUUAUCUAGUGUCGCUUUCAGUGUGAUUUAUAUCGGUCUUUCUCUUUUUAUUGGAAAUAGGAAACGACCGCUUCUGUUACUAAUUCCACAUGGAUAAACAUUAUGUGACUGAUAUGUUUAUCUCAGAUAACACAUCUCAUCCAGCUUUAAUUCAGAGUUCAUCUUUCUCUGGCUGUGUACAAAAUGGUACCAUAUUCCCUUUAUAAUUGGCUCUGGCCAACAGUAGUGUUAUCUAUAGGGAAUAGGGGCCAUUUCAGAUUUGUCCCCAAUGCUGAUUUCUCUUCUGUAAUAUCCUAAAUCUUUACUGUUUCCAGGGCAACCUGUACUAACCUGAUUUUAGUGCGAAGUAUAGUUCUUUCUGUAAUGUCAAAAUAUCUCUACUGUUUCCAGGGCAACCUGUACUAACCUGUUUUAACUGUGAAGUAUAGUUCUUUCUGUAAUAACAAAAUAUCUCUACUUUUUCCAGGGCAACCUGUACUAACCUGUUUUAACUGUGAAGUGCAUACUGAACCAGACCUCAUAUUUGAUUAUUUUGAAAGUAUUGAAUUGUAAUGGACUGGAUAUCGAGAAGGUUCAACAAUAAAAAAUAUUAACAUUUGUAAUAUCA